UUGCGUAACGCGUAGAAAUAAAAUUAUUUUCCUCUGAUGCGGCACGGGAACUAUUUGGACGUACCUCUCCACCCCGUACCGCACUGGCGUGCGCGCACGCGGCGCUCCAGUUUGCACUAGUGCGGUGCGUAGUUGAGACGUCUCCACGUUGCUAUUUGUUGUCACGCGCGAAGUGCGAAAAUGAAACGAUCACGUAGGAAGCUUAAUAUGCGUACAGCAAUAAAGACAGAAGGUGAAGAAGCUAGAAAUAAUGUUGUCCAGUGUAGUGGUUCCAGUCUGACUAGUUCUCAAAAACCGAGUCCGAUUUCAAAAAAUCCAUCGCCAGCGAAAAAAAAAAUUCAAGUUUUGCAUAGUGUGACAAUUAACAAGAAGCUUGAUUCACUUAUUAGUGAUCCGGAGGUGACUUGUACUCAGAAAACAAUGCACAAGAAAUCGAACUCAAUUUUCACAAGUCCUUCGACAAGUAAACAAUUUUGUGUUUUGGAACAGGUACAAACCAACGAAAAUGAUAUCACUGAGGCUGAUUCGAUAUCCUUAGACAACAUUUCUAUAAGUAAUUUGAUACCACCUCUAGAAUCACCUAUGAAUUCUAAGGUUAUGACUGAACUGCUAUCGACACCCAAAAGUAAGAAAACAAGUAAGCUAUUUUCACAGUUUAAUACACCAUCGUCUUGCACGCCCACAAAUACGGAUGGAAACAUUCAAAUUCACCAAACACCUACGUUGUCUACAAAACGGAAGGGCGUUCUAUUUGGAGAUUAUGACGAUAACUCCAAUAAUGUCAGUGUAAACUCACCGAGCACUCCAAAGCAAGUGAAAUUCACAAAAAUGAGAUCAGAUAACAACUAUGAUGAUAUAUGUUACCCGGCUAUACAUAACGAAAGAUCGCCUAGAAGUGAUGAUGACAUUGAAAGUUUACUAAUACAACAUAAGGUUUCAACUGCAGCUGACGAAGAAUCUGAUGAAGAAAUAUUCGAUCAAGUACCUAGAAAAACAAAAAACUUGAUUACUACUCAACAUCUACCUGAAAAGAAAAAAACCCCAUUUAUUACUACAGAAACAAAACUUUAUGAAGAGCAGAAGCAACUAGAUCAAUCCAGUACAGAGAACACACAAAACAUAGAAACUAAUAAAAAAAUUCUUUCACCUAAAAUUAGAGAUAAAACUCACAAACCACCCAGCUUUGAAGUAAAUGUAAGAAUUGAGCAAUUUUCUUCUGAUGUAUCCUCGUCUUUUGAAGAUAGUAACUUAGAUUCAGAGGAUGGUUCUGAUACAUUUGAUGAAAUAUAUGACAGUGAAUCUGAAUCAAGCGCUUCUAUUGAAGAUGUUGAUAAUGAAGGGUCUGAGGAAUGGGUUGAUAUUUCAAAUACAAAUGCAAUAAAUUUUGAACAGUAUUUACAAAGAAGCCAAAUAAAUAUUCCACCAAAUAUACAACUAAAUGAACCCCUUGAUUACUAUAAAUUAUUUGUUAACAAAGAACUUAUUGAAAAAAUGGUGGUGGAAACUAAUAAGUAUGCUGCGGAAUAUAUAAGUUCACAUGACAUUAAGCCAAAGUCUCGCGUAAAAAAAUGGGUGCCAACUACUUUUGAAGAAAUGGAAAAGUUUAUGGGUGUGUUAAUGGUAAUGGGUAUCACUAAAUUGCCUCAAGUGAAUUUGUAUUGGUCUAAAAAGAAAUGCUAUCGAAAUGAGUAUAUAGCAAACCUUAUAUCUAGAGAUCGUUUUUUGCUACUUUUGAAAUUCUGGCAUUUCAGUGACAAUGUUGAUAAAGGAGACAAAUUAUAUAAGAUACGAAAUGUACUCGAUAUAUUGUUGAAAUCAUUUACUGAAGUAUUGAAGCCUGGAAGAUUUAUGGUUAUUGACGAAACAAUGAUACCAUGGAAAGGACGCCUUAUAUUUCGCCAAUAUAUUAAAAACAAAGCUCACAAAUAUAUAGUUUCUUAACAAGGUUCAGCGAUAGCCAUAUAUUCAUUCUGCUUCCAUACUGGAUAAAGCCACAGUUUGUUUUCUGCUCUCCCAGGAAAAAGCUGAGCCAGACAUUACAUAACAAUAACCUGUAUUGUAUAUGACUUUUGAUCUAAAGUAUUAUUUGACCAGUCGGCGUCAACAAAACGCACUAGUUCAGCUUUUUCCUUUACAGACUUUAAACAAUAAUUUAGUUCAGCUUUUUCCUUUACAGACUUUAAACAAUAAUUUUUAUUUUUCUUUAGGCAUCUAAGUAUCCUUUUCACAUAAUUCUAAUGAACACUUUUAUGACAUUUAUUAAAUUGACUAAGAAAACUAACACAAUUACAUAUGUCUGGUCUGGCAAGAACCGUUAAAUACAUAAAACUUCCUUCGCUGGCGCAGAAAUUCAAAAAAAUCACUAAGCUUUACGGUAUCGUGGGUAUUCCUAAACUCCUACCAUUUUCUGGCUGUAGGUGAAUCAAGCUUUGAAGAAGCCAGGUAAAUGAUAAGAGAAUUCCAAUGAUCUGUUGGUUCUCCAAGUGAAUUUAAGGCAUUUAAAUUUUUUGUAAUAUUAAAUUAAAUUACGUCUAUCUAUACUAAUAAUAAAUAAGAUUGGAGUGUCGGUCUGUAAUUUCGAAAUAACUACAUACCUCAUAUUAAGCUCAUAUCGAGGGGUGAAAGGCUAUUUGGUUUAAGCGACAUUUUUGCAACUUUACAGGAGAGCCAUUUAAAGUUUAAAAUUUCCGAAAAAAAAUCAUAACAAAAAAACUUCUUCAGCUAUUGGAAUGGAGUAAAUUUAAUUUAAAUUAAUUUGAAAACGUCAAGGUGUUGAUGCUUAUACCAUAUAAAACGGACCUUUAAUUAAGAAGAUAAAUGUCGCUUAAUACGAAUUGCCUUAAGCCACUAUUUUCAGGUAACGGAAAAAAGAUUUAAGUGACUUCAUAACUACAAUUGGCUACAGGAAAAAAAUACUAAGCGAAUCUGCAGUAUAUUUUCAGAAUAAGCCAAACAGCAUGAAGUGACGCAGCCCAAAAUUAACUGUGGCAAACUAUUUAUCUCACCUGCCAACUGAGAUUAAAUUGACUGACUGGCUUAUUCACAUAAGUAACAUAAUAGUAUUGAAAAUGUGACGUUGGAUGUAACAUUUUAAGCGUCUAAAUCAGUCAAUGGCUGUUGAAACAACCUGAAUAUACCGCUAUCACCGAAAAUUUCGGGUGCUGAUAUUGAAUAAAUAAAGAAAUACACAGAAUCAGUUUAAGUAUUUAUUAAGUCACGUAAUAAUAAUAAAGUACGAAACGUCUCAAUGUAGGAACAUCAAUAUUUUUAUUUAUUAUCUUUCAGUCUUAAUCAACCACAUCAGUUAAAAUAAGUAUUACCUACUCGCUUAUUCAUAUUUAACAAUAUUAGGCGUAAAUCUGCAUAUUUUAACACCAUCCUAUCCAUCACAUUUGUCACCGUAUGACGAUGAGAUAACAAUCACAAGUUUUUUUGUAGCUAUAUUCUGCUUAGUCACUUUCACACAUUUGGCAGGAACUGUUAAUGACAAAGUGACAAAGAAGAAAAUAGCUAUAGAAUAAAUAUUUUUAUGAAUUACACCACACACAUUACACACUGUGGUGUAUAAUGUGUGUGGUGUAAUUUACCUUAGUAUAAUGAUCAUGUAAAAUCAGUCUCAAUGUAGGAACAUCAACUAUAAUUAUAAUUAACUUUUAGUACAAACAAAAAAACUUCUAGCAAUUAUAUAAAAUACAAUCAAUGCUUGAUAAAAAAUGCAAUAAAAAAUAACGAAAAAGUAUUUAGUUAUCAUUUUCUUCGACUGUAUCCUCUACAUCAGUAUCGAGUAGAACGUCUUUGGAAUUGCAGUAUUGCAGAUUUAAAUAUUCUUUAUGAAAUAUCUUGGGUACAACCCCUGUGUCACAUAAUUUCUUUAGAUCCAUGUAUUUGGCUUUGGUAAUCGGCAAACUUGAAUUAUAUCUACGAUUGAUAGCUCUAGGUUUCGCAAUAAUUUGUAUAGUAUCUUCCGGUGCACUAUCUUUCAUUGAAAAUUUUACUUUCAUCUGAUUUGUAUGAGAUUUCUUAAAUGUUGCUGUACGGAUUUUACUUAUCUUACCUACAAGGUUUCCCUUAAAAUAUUUAUCAGACAUAUCAUCAAAAUUUAAGAAAUCCUCAUGUGUCAGAUUUUCAACAUUAUAAGGUGCCGGUUCUUUUCUUGCUAACUGGUUCUUUUCUUGCUAACUUAUAAACUUCUUAUCGUUAACUCUUUUUGCAAAUCUUAUUUCGAAUCCUUGCUGCGCCUUUGGCCAACGUAUCUGUGAAGUAUAGUCUUAACGGAAACAAAAUUUACCACAACCCAAUUUCCCACAGAUAUAUUCUCAUUUUCAUGCGAGUCGUCAUUUUCUGAUUCGCUGUUAGACACGUGAUCAUCAUAAUCAUCAUCUGAUAUAUUAUAUUCAGACUCAGGUGAUGGUGGUACAAUGUCAUUAUCUUCGGAAUCUGAUGUUAAAUUUUCGUUCAUUGACUUCAAGUUCCGCUUUACUUUUUUAGCGUCAGAUUGGGCUUUCUUUGCCUGACGCUCUUUCCAAUCAUUUUCUAUGCUUAACUUUUCUGGCGUAUCGGUUAAAACGCGCGAGCUGCCUCUUUUUCUUCCUCUUGUUGUGGCUUUUCUUGCUGGUGCUUUUGGGAAUGGUCUGAUAGAUUCGAGACUCAGUCGGGAUGUAGAAGGAACAUAGCUCACUGAAGAUGAAACAGGAUAUGCACUGAAGUUUUUUGUUCCAGUAAUUUCGUGAGAACGUUGAAUUUCAGCAAUAUCCCGGCCCUCAGGGGGCACAAACUGGUUUAUGGACGCAACAGUUUUGCUCGGGAUUAUUUUCAAUUCCAGGUUCUUCAGAGUCGUUUGUAGUCGCAAUAGUAUGGUCAGCAUCUUGAAGAAGAGAAGGACUUGCAGAGUGGUACCUUGCUUCAAUUAUUGGAGAGUUUUGAUCAACAUUUUGGACUUCUGGGUCUACAGAGUGACUCGUUGCUUCAAUGGUUUCAGGGUUCUGUAGUUCAUUUUGAGUUUCAUGGUCAAUAGGGCGAUCAGUCACAAAACUGGAUAAAAAUUCAUCUUCACUGAAGAUAGUAGAAUCAAAAGGUUCAAUUCCUGUUGCUCGGAAGCCACUUUGAAUAUUCCUAGGCGUCAUAGGACUAGGAGAAGCUUUAUUUAAACAUCCUGCGAUGUCGUAAAUUGUGAGUGGCUGGCCUGGGUGAUUGCUCAUCCAAUCCGAUUGGAUGAGUAACCACCCAUGGAAUAAAUACCUUUCAAGAGUUAUCUGAUCUCGCUAUAUCCGCAUUGUCACUUCCUCACUCAAAUGCUGAAGUGGAAAGGGCAUUUAGUGCUAUGAAUAUCGUGAAAAACAAAUUAAGAAAUAAAAUGGCUGUAAACACUCUAAAUAGUAUUCUUUUUAUAAGAAAUCAGUUAAAGAUAAUGAAGAAGAACUGUUACAGUUACGAGCUCCCGGCUGAUGUAAUUACUGCUAUUGGAAACAAUUCUAAAUACUCUUUUAAAUCAAAAAAAUCUGACAAAAUUGAUGUUCCAUCUCAGCCGUCUACAUCUGCAAUAAUAAUCAAUCAAGAUGAAGAAGAAUUACCAACAGAAGUAUUUGAAGUUGAUUUUUAGUUUUGUCAUGUUUAAUUUUAUUCAUUGUAUUCACAAUUAAAAUAUUAUUUUUGAAUUACCUUGU